AUGGGCAAGAACCUGGCCGACAAGUAUAGUCAUCUCAGCAGCCAGCUCGACAAGAUUGUCGCUGAUGCCAAUGCUGAGAUACAGAGUCUGCAGAGCAAGGUCAAAAGCCUCCAAAUUGAUCAAAAGACACUCCAGCAGAAGAAUGUUGAGCUGGUCGAAAUGUACCGAGACAAAAGCAAGAAGCAGGCACAGACCCAGCAUCUGUACGAUACCCUGAAGAAGCGGGUAAUGACCUCUCAGGUCCAAACAGCAGCUUCAGAUUCUGUGGCACAGGCUAUCAACUCAAUGUCAAGCAUUCCACGCCCCCAAACUUUCGGGGAUGCCUCAGUCCAGCAACCUCCACCACCCAAUUAUCGUACAAACGAUCAGCGAGGCAAUAUGCAGUACGAGCAUGCCCAUCACAGCAGAAGUCCUAGUCGAUCCAGCAAGAAUGCUCACGCUGAAGCUGAAGCUUCCGCCAUGCCACCUCCAUCAGGACCUCCGAUGGGACAGCAGAGUCAUGGUUUUGCAUCGGCCACACCUCAACAUCGAACACAUUUACCAGGGACGGUCCGUAACGCAGCCACAAGGUCCUAUAUUCCUUUGAGCACCAAAGCGCCAGACACAGUUCCUCGCAAACCUUUGACAAAUCUUACCAACAGUCGGAACAGUCAAUCAGGAUCCAGUGGCUAUGGAAUCACAGCUGGAAUGAAAGUUGGGAGGCCUAGCCGAUCUGCUUUGAACAAUAACGAGCAGAUCUCGGAUAGAUUCAAUGGUAUUGCGCACAGAGAUACCAAGGACUGGGCCGUGUUGACAAAGACUUAG